UUCAAUUUUCACUCUCUCACAAAACUGGUGAGUUUCAUAGUACGAUAGUAUAUGAAAAUACAUAAUCAUAAACGUGGCUAUAAAAACCUAAUUUGGUAGCGUUAACGCCAUUGAUUCGCCCAACGCAAAACCUUUUUUCCUGUAUAAAACGAGGGGAGAGAGAAGACUCAAACCCAGAAAAAUUUUUAGUUUAUUAUUUUUUCUGUGUCUCGCAUUACUUUUUCCCGCUCAUCGAAUUGUUGACUCGCAUUAAACAAGGCGAUUGCAUUGGUUUUUUGCGAUCAACUGACACUUAAAAGACAUCCGUUUCAGCGACCAGCGCUUUCGAUACUGAGUAUUUUUCAGAGAUUGCUAACUUAGAAAUAGUUUGAGCUGCUCUUCUGUUAUUUCAAUCUUUCUAUUGAGUUCCGUCCUUGCCUAAGGAUACUCUCUGGUAGUUGUAGACUGGAUCCUAAUAAGAUAAUUAUUUAUGGAGCACGACGCAGGAAGAGGUUUGGACAACCUGAAGACUAUGGAUGGGAAGGAGAGUGAAAAUGCUCAUGCCAAUGGAUCAAAUAACGCUGUUGUUGUUCCCAAUUGUUGCUUAAAGGCUAGGGUGUAUGACCCUGAGCUUGAAGCCAAUUGCCACUCCACUGUCGUUUCCGGAUGGUUUUCUCAACCUCCGCGGCCAUCCUCUGAUGAAAAGGAGAGGGUGUUGUAUUUCAAUAAUCCAAUGUGGCCAGGAGAAGCACAUUCUCUGAAAGUAGAGAAGACUUUAUUCAAGGGAAAGUCAGAAUUCCAGGAGGUCUUGGUUUUUGAGUCUGCAUCAUAUGGGAAAGUUCUAGUGCUUGAUGGCAUUGUUCAGUUGACCGAGAAAGAUGAAUGCGCCUAUCAGGAGAUGAUAGCCCAUCUUCCUCUCUGUUCAAUCAAAUCUCCUAAGAAUGUUCUGGUUGUUGGGGGUGGUGAUGGUGGAGUUCUGAGGGAAAUUUCUCGACAUAGCUCUGUAGAGCUGAUUGAUAUUUGUGAGAUUGAUAAAAUGGUUAUAGAUGUCAGUAAAAAGUUUUUCCCCGACUUGGCUGUUGGCUUUGAGGAUCCUCGUGUCAAUCUUCAUGUUGGUGAUGCUGUUGAGUUUCUACGGAAUACCCCUGAAGGGAAGUAUGAUGCUAUCAUAGUUGAUUCAUCAGAUCCUGUUGGUCCGGCUCAAGAGCUUGUGGAAAAACCAUUCUUUGCAACGUUAGCAAGGGCAUUAAGACCUGGCGGUGUACUUUGCAACAUGGCAGAGAGCAUGUGGCUUCAUACACAUCUUAUUCAGGAUAUGAUCUCAAUUUGCCGUGAAACAUUUAGUACUGUUCAUUAUGCAUGGGCCAGUGUUCCUACAUAUCCUAGUGGUGUUAUUGGGUUUCUUCUGUGUUCGACUGAGGGACCGCCUGUUGAUUUUAAGCACCCUGUUAAUCCUAUUGAGAAACUAGAGGGAGCUCUUCAGCACCAGAGGGAGCUUAGGUUUUACAAUUCUGAGAUGCAUGAAGCUGCCUUUGCCUUGCCGUCCUUUGUAAGGAGGGAGGUGAGCUGUCUCCGUGAUGUCCCACCUACUGAAGGAGUUAAGCUUUAACUUAUUUUGCAUUUUCUGUGAAGUUAUUACCCAUUUCGUUUCCUUGCUGCUGGAGUUGCACAAGGGUAUCAGCGGUAGACUGAUGGGAGAUGUAGAUGCGGCGAUUUAUCUGUGUAGCUGGUAUUGGUAUUGAAGACGACAUGAGCAUGUAAUAUGCAAGUUUUACUACUUCUAUAUCUAUUGUUGACUUGUUUGACUAGGUACUCAACGUCUCUUAGUUGAUAUUGAGAUAUGAAUAAAUGCGUUUUUGCAUUUAAUGCCGUAUAUCACUCUUGGCUAUCUAGUCAAGGUACGUAAUUGGGUCUGACUGCAGGCAUGUUGUUUAGUGUGCUUUUACGGCUAGGCCUCUCUGAACCCUUACGCUUGUGUGUUGCCUGGAUCAAUUAGUUAAGAACUUAGGUAUGCUAUAUGUUGCUUUGGAAACUGUUAAAAUGGAAUAAGUUAGUUGUGACUUGUGAAUCA